AUGGAGUACUUUGAUUUUCACGAUGCCUCGGAUGCUCACGCGCUUCCUCCACUAGAUGUGGACGAAUUGUCCUCGCUCUAUCCGGAGUAUACGCAGGAUGAGGCCAACGACUGCUUCGACUCCCUCUUCUUCGACAAGAGCCAUGCCCUCCCCGCAGAUCCUGCCCCACCCGCUCAGCAAGGUCCCGUCAUGCUCAAGCUUAUCAACGACAUUGAGAUCGAGGCCAUUCCUCAGCCGGACGAUCCCUCGCUUGACUAUCCUAUGUUUAGAGCUAAGAAUCCUUGCGACCUCUGCGCCCGCAUGGGUCUUGACUGCUUCCUGGCCACUCGUGGUGCUAUGGUGACAGGAUGUACCUGCUGCAUAUCGCUUUACAAAGAAUGCAGCUUCACCCAUCCCAAACUUCCUCGGGGAUUCGUCAACAACCUAAACGGCAUCAAAGAAACCGAAGCCGAGACAUCCUUCGGCCGCCAUCAUGCCAAAACCCUGAGAUCUUUCGACGAAGCCCGGGUCCGGAAGACCGGUGCUCGCUUCCCUCGCGAUGCCGUCAAGAUUCUUAAACAGUGGCUCGCUGAGCAUUCGGACCAUCCUUAUCCCAACGAGCGCGAGAAGGAUGAGCUCAAACAGCUUACGGGCCUGAAGCGCAGCCAGAUCAGCAACUGGCUUGCCAACGCACGACGCCGCGGCAAGGUUCGGCCAGCAGAAAACUCAGGCUCCUCGUCUCCAAUGCUUGGUGCCAUUGAUAUCCCCCAAAAGUCAAACGACUUGUCGGAGCUCAACCCUCUGGACAGAUGGAAAGCUUCUCCUCCCGAGAACGAACCCGCCAGUAUGACCGCCAUUGCCCGCGCCGUGACCUCCACACCGCUGCCGCAUCAGUCUUCUCAAUCAGCCUCAUCGUCGCUCUCACUCCAACACAACAGCGAUCCCCACAGUCGAGGCCCAUCGCGCCAGAACUCUUCCUCUGGUAGUGCCACAAAUUUCAGCAUGUUCCGGGAGCCCUCAAUCUCCUCCUUCGAUACGCACUCGGCCUCCACCGCCUCAGACCUGACCCGUGCGUCCUCUCGAUCCGCGCAAUCACGCAACUCCUUCUCUUCAGGCGAGCGUCGUCGUCGCAGGCGUGCCCCUAUGACCCAACGUGCUGCCGCCCAGCAGGCCAAAUCCCGAUCGGCACGUAUCUUCCAGUGCACCUUCUGCACCGACACAUUCCCUGCCAAGUAUGACUGGCAGCGGCACGAGAAGUCCCUGCAUUUGGCCCUAGAACGCUGGACCUGCUGCCCCACUGGCGGUACUUACACUGUACCUUCCACCGGUCUAGCCCACUGUGUGUUUUGCAACUGCCUCGACCCGACACCCUCGCACUUGGAAACGGUGCACAACUUUAACGUUUGUCAGGAGCAGACACAGCAGGAGCGGACAUUCUACCGAAAAGACCAUCUCCGGCAGCACCUCAAACUGCGGCAUGGUGCCAAGUUCGAGCGCCACAUGGAGGCCUGGAAGACCACGACCAAUGAGAUCAAGUCCGCCUGCGGGUUCUGUCCCAGCAAGUUCACCACCUGGAGUCAACGAGCCGACCAUCUCGCUGCCCACUUCCGGAACGGUGCCGACAUGAAGGACUGGAGCAACGGCUGGGGUUUCGAUGCCGCGGUAGAGCGCUGUGUCGAAAAUGCCAUCCCCCCCUACCUCAUCGGACAUGAGCGAGUGACCAUGGAACCUUACGUCGCGCGUCUGACGAAGCGGGGUCCUGCCAGCAACCCUCCGGACUCCGGCGGCAUCCGCCACAGCCGCAGACAAUCGUCUGCUACGCCGGGCUCCUCAAGAGGUAGCAACAGCGGACUCACGUACGGCACCUCGUCCAACAGCGCGUCCGUCGCCGCCAGUGACGUGGACGAAGGCGAGCCCGACCAAAUGACGCGCGACAGCAACUGCUGGGGUCGCUUAGAGCAAGAGUUGACCAAGUUCCUUACGCAGCACAAGCUUGUCGGCACGAUUCCGAGCGACAAGCAGCUGCAGGACCAGGCGCGCAUCAUCAUUUACGAGGAUGACGAUCCGUGGAACUGGACCUGCGCGGACAACGCGCUGUGGCUCGACACCUUCAAGUGGCAGCACGGCGUCGGCCCGCUGACAGACGCAAUGCGCGGCGCGGGCUUGGGCCCAGAGAAGGUCGGCUGCACCGCCGGCGGCGCCAGCGAGGACGUCAUGGCGUGUGGCGCCGGCGGCGGCCUGAUCGGCCACGGGCGCGAGGGCGUGCGCCUCAUCGAGCAGGUCGACGUGCAGGCUCCGUACGUCGUCAAAGGCGGCAAUCGCCUAGGUGGAAGCGAGGCAGGCGGCGCGGCUGGUACUCGGCGCAAGGCCCGCGGUCGCCGCACCAAUAAGGCGGUGACGUCGCAGCGCAACGCGCGCUCCCGCACGGGGAGCAGCGUGAGCUCGCGCUCGAGCACCAGCCAUGACUUGCCGACCUUUGCGCCGGACACGAGCAUGGAUCUGGACUUCGAGGGCGUCGACUUUGGCGGCUUGGACCUCGGCUUGAGCAGUGCUGGUGACGAUGGUAUGGGCGGAUCCAACGGCAUGCCCUCCAUGUCUGCCGGGCCGACGAGCCUGUCGAUGGGCGGCUACGCGCCCGUCAACACGCUGCCAAUGCAGAUGCCCAUGCCCAUGCAGGUGCAGAUGCAAGACGACUUCUUUGGCGGGCAGGGCUUCGAGAUGCCGUCACAACAGGGUCUUGCUCCGUCUCCGGGUCCCAAUGGCUUCGACAUGGACAUGGGCUUGGGCAUGGGCGUCCCUCUCGACGUGAACGCCAGCCUUGGCCGUGGGAUGGCCGGUGUCGGUGUCGGCGCUGGUGCUGGUGCUGGUGUGGGUGUGGGUCAGCGAGGCGUCAGAAACAGCUUUGAUUACGAAAAUCAUACCCAGAGCAGCGACGGCCCGCAUGGGAUGGGCAGGGGGGUCGAAAUGCACCUUGACCUGGAUCAGGAUCUGGAUCAGGAUCAAGAUCAAGGGCUCGACAUGAUGGACGACAUGAUGGGCGCCUCGCUGACAAAGACGGAUACCGUGCAGACAAGCCAGCCUGUGGGGAGUCCUGGUCCUGUGCUGCUGGGUGGUGGUGGGGGGAAUGCGGCGGCGGCGGGAGGAGGAGGAGGACUGGGAUCAGGUGGUGGUGGGAUGGGCAAGGGGAAACGAGGCUCGCAAAGCUCGGACCUGAGUUUCAUGAACGAGGCGGAAAUUCAGGCUCUGGAGGGCUGGACGGGUGGGUUGCAUUGA